GCAUGUCGGCCACCAGCGUGGACCCCCAGAGAACAAAAGGACGAGAAACUAAAGGAGGUGUGGUUGCUGGUGUUACCUUGCCAGUAGCUUGCUUGGUCAGCGCCUUAGCGAGGUGGUGGCUCGCACUGCCUCCCUUGGGACUUGAGCUGGGCACUGGCCGGGCCCCGCUUGUAGCAAGGGAGGGACGCUGAGCUGACUGCCGGCGGGGACUCACGGAAGAGGCCGUGUUGUGCGACUUGCUGUUCCAGUGCCCACUGGUUCCUUGCCUCAGAAGGACGCGGUGCCCGACGGCGACUUGGAGCCCUAUCUGUCUGGACUGUCGAAUCAGAGUAACACUUACCCCUCCAUGAACGACCCUUACCUGUCCAGCUACUACCCACCGUCCAUCGGCUUCCCCUACUCCCUCAGUGAGGCACCGUGGUCCACUGCGGGGGACCCUCCGAUCCCGUACCUCACCACCUACGGACAGCUUAGUAACGGAGACCACCACUUUGCGCACGAUGCCAUCUUUGGGCAGCCAGGGGGGCUCGGGAGCAACCUCUACCAGCACAGGUUCAACUUCUUCCCUGAGAACCCGGCUUUCUCCACGUGGGGCACUGCCGGGUCCCACGGGCAGCAGGCUCAGGGCUCGGCGUACGGCAGCAGUUACACCUACCCGCCCAGUUCACUGGGGGGCACAGUGGUGGAGGGCCAGGCAGGCUUCCACGGCGACACCCUCAGCAAGGCCCCUGGCCGGAACAGCCUACAGCAAGGCAUGGUCAGCCUGAAGAUUGGGGAUGCUGCCGCCUCUGCCAUCAAGACUGUGGGCUCUGUGGCCAGUAGCGUGACGCUGGCUGGUGUCCUUGCCAGUGGUGCGGCAAACGUCAGUAUGCCGGUGUCAAAGCCAGCCUCAUGGGCUGCCAUCGCCAGCAAACCUGCGAAAGCACAGCCCAAGACGAAGGGCAAGGGUGGGUCUGUGAUGGGGGCCGUGCUUCUGCCUCCGUCCCUAAAGCAUAACAUGGACAUCGGCACCUGGGACCACAAGGGGUCCCUGCCCAAGACCCCGGUGCCCCAGCAGGUUCCGUGCCCUCAGGCUGCCCCCCAGCCUCCCCUGUCGGCCCAUCCGCAGCAGCCGAGCCCUCAGCCACCACCCCCGACACGCUGGGUAGCCCCCCGCAAUAGGAAUGCAAUGUUUGGGCAGGGUGGAGGGGCCGGCAGAGACAGUAAUGGUCCCGGAACUGGCCAGGCCAGCUCUGGCGCAAGCGCGGACUCACACCCGGUGCUUGAGAAGCUGAAAGCCGCGCACAGCUACAACCCGAAGGAGUUCGAUUGGAACCUGCGCAGCGGCCGCGCCUUCAUCAUCAAGAGCUACUCUGAGGACGACAUCCACCGCUCCAUCAAGUACUCCAUCUGGUGCAGCACAGAGCACGGCAACCGGCGCCUGGACAGCGCCUUCCGCGCCUCCGGCAGCAAGAGCCCCGUCUACCUGCUCUUCAGCGUCAACGGGAGCGGGCACUUCUGCGGGGUGGCGGAGAUGAAGUCUCCCGUGGACUACGGCACCAGUGCGGGGGUCUGGUCCCAGGACAAAUGGAAGGGCAAGUUUGACGUGAAGUGGAUUUUUGUCAAGGAUGUGCCCAAUAACCAGCUGCGGCACAUCAGGCUGGAGAACAAUGACAACAAACCCGUCACCAACUCGCGCGACACGCAGGAGGUGCCCCUGGAGAAGGCCAAGCAGGUGCUGCGGGUCAUCGCCUCCUACAAGCACACGACCUCCAUCUUCGAUGACUUCUCUCACUACGAGAAGCGCCAGGAGGAGGAGGUACGCAAGGAACGGCAGAACCGCAGCAAGCAGUGAGGACGAGGCUACAGCACAGGUCCCGAUGGCGUGGGGCUGCGCAGGGUGGCCCGGGCCUGGCGCCGGGCGGCGUCCGAGGGAUCCGAGUCUGCUCGCUCUGUGACACUAUGUAGAGCUCACCAAUAAAGGAGUAUUUUUCUUGUCA